GACUGUGUGUGUGUGUGUGUGUGUGUGUGUGAAGUUUGAAGGUAUUAAUUGCCCCGACUCAAUACAGUAGUUUCUAAAUUAGCCUCUAUUGAACCGCCUUAAGUCAACACGAGAGUAAACUUGACUCGUGUUGCUAACAAUGAAGUUUAUAUGACCGACGCUCACAAAGUCCUGUCUCUCCAGAUGACUGCCACUCACUGUAGGCUUAUCGAGAAGGGCCUGUGUUCCCUCCCCACCUCCGCCCCUCCCUUUGUUGUCUGCUGAGAGGAAGGGCUUGUAGAGGAGGACAGUAGAUGUAUUCUUUUGGGUCAUGGAGGUGAAAGAUUACAGACAAAACAGACAGACGAGAGUUUGAAGGGAAAUCUGUCACUCCGAAACAAAGGCGACCGUCAGCUUGGCAGUGCUCCGCCCCUCACCGGCAGGGAUGCGACAGCUGCCCAAGGACACGACCCUGGUGGACGGCGAGGGCUUCCCACAAGGCAUGGCGGUGAAGAGUGUCGACGACCGGGACAAGGAAAGCGGAGAGCUGAUUACCACCAAAAUACAAUACAUAAGAAAACGUCCCGAUCUCCGCCUUUCACCCAGGAUCGACUCCCUGCUGUCCGCUGACCUGGUGCACCCUAGAUUAAGCGAGGGAAGAAAGUUCACCGGCUUCAGAAUACAGCAGUUCAUCCGCGGGAGGGCUUGGGAGGGCCCAUGGCGUGGAGUCAGCAUCAGAAAUCUCGGACCGCAGCUCCAGACGUGUGUUCACAUGAAGGGAGGAAGUCCAGUCCAUUAUACUCGAAGACCCUUAGACCCCCUUCAGCCGUCCCUGGAUGUGGUGAGGAGAGGAGACUACUCGGUGAGGCGAGCCUUUCGUGUGCCCAGAGAAAGCCUCCCUAAAGCCUCCAUAGAGCAGCCCCUCAGGAGCAGAAACACCAUUUGCAUCAACAUCUGGGAGGAGUUCCUGUUUGGAAAAUCCUUGAUUACCUCUCUCUCCGACCAGACCAGGCCAGGCAAUGGCGAGGGUGAGAAGGAAGGACAGCAGGAGGCAGAGGAAGAGGAGCUGGAGGAAGGAGUAAUUAACUAUGUUCGCAGAUCCCUCGGUCACCUUUUACCAAAAUUCGUCGUCGACUUACUGGUGUACACCGCCUACUUCCUGAUAUUCUUUGCUUCGUGUGUGGGUUACAACAUGUUCUGUGAGCUGGGCUGCUACAUCCUGCUUGCCCAGCACCUCAAGAUUCACGAGAAGGCCUACGAGAAGAAACUGGACGUGGAAUUUACCGGCAGCAUCUUUCAGGGCCCAUUGUAUGCCCUGACGAGGAACUGGUGUGAGCACUGCAACGAGCGGGACCGCGGCCUGGUGAUGAGGAGGCUGAUGAGCAAGAUGAAGGCGGACAUUGUGCCGGCUGCCAGCACGGCCAGCACGCCUCAGCAGAACACCACUAGAGACCCUCCCUGACCGCCGCGAUAGGAGUGGUAGGACUGAAUGCAGUGAGUCAAAAGAGUGCCAACUGGCGCAAAGUGAGGAUUAGUAAUGACACAGUAAUGUGCAAGAGGAUAAUUAGAAGUGAAAAUACUAUAAAACUGGACAAAUAGUUGUCUGCAAAGCAGUAUGUUGCACAGUUGUGUGCAAAGCUACGUGGCUGAGAGGACUCCAUCGGGAGUGAGAGGAACACGUCAUUCGUACUUCUUCGAAAUGAUUUAUGAUGAUGAUGGAGAUUAUUAUUAUUAUUAUUAUUAUUAAAAGUAGCAGUAGCAGUAGUAGUAGUAGUAGUAGUAGUAGUAGUAGUAGUAGUAGUAGUAGUAGUAGCAUUAUUAUUAUUAUUAUUAUUAUUAGUAGUAGUAGUAGUAGUAGUAGAAGUAGUAAUGGUAGUAGUAGUAGUAGUAGUAUUGGUGGUGGUAGUAGCAGUAGUAGUAGUAGUAGUAGUAGUACCUAUUGGUUGUAGUACUAGUAGUAGUAGUAGUAGUAGUAUUGGUUGUAGUAGUAGUAGUCGUAGUAGUAGUAGUCGUAGUAGUACCUAUUAGUUGUAGUAGUAGUAGUAGUAGUAGUAGUAAUAAUAAUAAUAAUAGUGUUUUUAUCAUUAUUAUUAUCACCAUUAUUAUAUUUCUGCUUGCGUCCGGCACGCAAAUACUAUCGGAGCUUGUAUGUACUGUUGAUUGUUAAUAAAGAAUAUAGAUGUCGCCCCUGGAGGGUGCCUAA